UGGCAGUACUGUACACGUUUUCUGAAGAAGAAGACAUACCAGGAAAUGCAAGCAGCUAGAUAGCUAAUUUACUUUUAAUGUGUAUUUUGUCCUGCUAGUUGUAUGUAUUGGGUCUGUUAUUAUGACAUUAGAAUAGGUUCAAAUUGCAGAAAGAAAUGCCACUCUUAAUACAAAAUAGACGAAUCGAACGACCAAGUUCGACAAAUGAACUUUUCACGAAAUAUCCACAUUUGCAGACAAACGCCAGCGAAUUUCGUUCCAAAGCGUUUGUGGAUGUAGACCCGAAGUGCCUUCUUUACGUUCAGCAAAGAGAGUUUGCUGCAACAACGCCAGCAGACGACUCUGUAGCUGUCAUCGGCUCUGACGAUGCCACCACCUGCCACCUCGUUCUGGUGCGACACACAGGAAGUGGAGCCGCCUGCCUUGCCCAUUGUGACGGCUCCAGUACGUGGAGCGAAGUUCCUCUCGUCGUGAAAGCGGUGACAUCACUUAGCGGCCCUGUCAAGGAAGGCAGACUGGAGCUCCAUCUUGUCGGGGGAUUCGACGACGAGUCAAAGACGUCUGAAAAAUUAAGCCUUAGCCUCCUGGCGGCCUUUCACAAACAGAAGGAGGAUAUUCACCUAGAAACAUGCUGCAUCACAGAGAUGAAUGAUGUCAUAGUUGACGGAACACACAGACCGGUGGUUUAUGGGAUAGGCGUAAACGUGAAGACAGGGGAGGUGUUCCCUGCCUCGUUCCCCUCUAAAGGUCCUGCAGAGGAGCUCCGCUCAGCGAGGACCUUCACUGGAGGACAGAUGGCUGACAUCUAUGACUCAAGCAAAGGCCUAGUGAAAAUAGGCCCCUGCAAGUGGUCCCCUAAUCUGGAUAUUGCCUUCUGGCUGUCGCAAAAGGAUGACACCAUCUUAAAGUACCUAUCCACCUCCCCCAUGGCUGAGCCGCCACACUUCAUCCAGCACAUCAAGUCCACCAUCCAGUUCCUCCUCCAGCACCCCAGCCCAGACAGCCUGUUCCCUGGAGGCCAGCCCCAGCUCUACCGCAGGACGGAGCAGGGGGACUGGGAGAGGGUUCCCCAGCCAUAGCCCCCCCAUCCCUCCGGUCCCAGCGCUCCACACCUUUACAUGACUGGGCUGGAUCUGGUCUGUCCUGGCUCCUGAAAGGGGCACUGUGACUCCCCUGCACUUCCUCCUGAUGCCAAACAUGGUUGGCUAUCUGUUUGUCUGUGUGUGGAGGGUAGCCAGGAUGAAUGGCAGUCCUACAUGUACUGACUGGGUCACAUGCUUCCCACUCACCUGGCAUAACUGGCUGGCACCAGUACAGAGACAGGAGACGUUUGGCUAUAAGCCAUUUUUGUGUCUUGGGUUUUUUCUUUUCUUUUUUUUGUUGGUGUCUGUGAGGGGACCCCCUACUGGAUUGCAAAUGCAUGUCUUCUCCUGAGUCUUAAUGUGAUCAUCUGGUGUCGUCCUCUUUCUGGUUGGUGUAGAUACUAAGCUCUGUAUAUUACUGUACAAAAGAGAUUUAACAUGAAAUGUAUGACUUUCUUCUGAACUAUUUCUUACAGAAGCCACAAACAGGAUGGCCAAGUAUAAUAAAAAGUUAUGGAGGAGUUGGCGAGGAUCGUGCUUAACUGGCAUACAUUCUGGCAAAAAUACUUUUAAUUUACAUUUCCAUCCGUUUCUUAAUGCAAGUUACUUAAUGCAAGUAAAAUUUUAAAUGAAAUAUGUAAGAAGGAUAGUCUAGACACACAUCAGUAUGAAUGAAUGCAUGUAUGAAAAUAAAAGUGACCUCAUCUGUCA